CGUGGGGAUUACAGAAACAAAUUCGUAGACUAUGUUCAGCUUAAGUCAAUUGGGCAUUGUCAACCAAUCUGGUUCUCUCAUCUUCAGGCUUUUUUUUUUUGAUAGAGUUUCUUCAACCUAUUUAAAUAAGAAUUUCUCCCUCUCAAGUCUCGAGUCUCGCACUUUUCAGUUCUUAUUCUCUUUGGUCGUACUUUGUAUAAUUUUUUUUUCCUUUUUGCGAUAAAAAAAAUUUAGAUAUUUCUUCGUUUGUUCAAAAUUUCCCCCUUCCAUUUGACGUUUCUACCGGGAUUUUCUUUCAGAUCUUCUUCGUCUGUCCUAUCAUGGCGGCAGUUCUUAAGUUUCAUGUCUUUUUAGGUGUUUGCAGAGCGGCAGUUCUUAUGUUUCACGUCUUAGGUGUUUGCAGAUAGUAAUUUCUUUCAUUAAACUAGUUUACUUAUCUUGGCCUUCUUUGUUACUUGCGAAUUGCAAUUCGUAGAAGUUAGGGUUUUCUUUCAGCUUCUAGGAUUUAUUAUUCCCCUUUUUAUUGCUUAAUUUGGUCCAAAAUGGAGGCCAUGGAAGAGUCGACGGUUGUGGUGGAUCAAUUAAUUGAGGUUAUCAGGGAGAUAUGUGGGUUUCCUGAGUGUCGGAAUACGUCGAAGAAGAUGUACAGUAAUCUCGUGAGACGGGUGAAGCUGCUAAACCCUCUUUUUGAUGAAUUGAAGGAUACUGAGGUUUCUCUCGGUGAAGACCAAGUUCGAGCUCUUGGGUCGCUCAAGGAUGCUUUGAAUUCUGCUAAGGAGCUUCUUCGUUCAGUUAAUGAAGGGAGCAAAAUCCAUCAGGCUUUGCAGAGGGAUAAGAUUGCAGGUGAAUUUCAAAUUGUGACAGAAAAAAUUGGGAAUGCAUUGAGCAAAGUUUUCUAUGAAAAACUACAUUUAUCAGAGGAAGUUCUGGAACAGAUUGAACUGGUGCAUGCUCAAUUUACCAGAGCAAAAGAAGGAAUGGAUAGUCCCGAUUUACAACUGCGCUUAGAUUUGUGCAUGACAUUAAAAGAAAAAGAACUUGAUCCUACCAUUCUAAGAAGGCUUUCAGAAAAGCUGCAGCUCAGGACUAUAAAUGACCUCAAGAAGGAAUCACUUGCUCUGCAGGAAAUGUUUAUCUUCAGCGGUGGAGACCCAGGGGAUAGAUUUGAAGAAAUGACAAUGUUGCUGAAGAAAGUAAAGGACUGUGUACUUAUGGGGUAUCCAGAAGCAGACACCUCCGAGAGUGAAAAGAGCUUGGUGCAACACAGAUCUCCCGUGAUCCCAGAUGAUUUCCGGUGCCCAAUAUCUCUUGAAUUGAUGAAAGACCCUGUUAUUGUCUCCACCGGACAGACUUAUGAGCGGCCCUGCAUUCAAAAAUGGCUGGAUGCCGGGCACAAAACUUGUCCGAAGACCCAGCAGACGCUGGUACACACAACUCUCACACCCAAUUACGUCUUGAAGGGUCUCAUUGCACAGUGGUGUGAAAGCAAUGGUGUUGAGCUACCUAAGAUGCAAGGGAGCUGUAGAAAUAAGAAGUCAGGCAACUGUGUUUCAGACUGUGAUAGAGCAGCUAUUGAUGCCUUACUACAAAAAUUGACAAUCGGUAAUACAGAUGAACAGAGAGCAGCUGCUGGUGAGCUUCGGUUGCUGGCGAAAAGGAAUGCAGAUAACAGAGUAUGUAUUGCAGAGGCAGGAGCCAUUCCCCUUCUUGUAGAAUUACUAUCCUCCACAGAUCCUAGGACGCAGGAACAUGCAGUUACAGCACUUCUCAACCUUUCCAUAAAUGAGGCUAACAAGGGAAGCAUUGUAAAUGCAGGAGCAAUUUCUGAUAUAGUGGAUGUACUUAAAAAUGGAAGCAUGGAAGCUAGGGAAAAUGCAGCUGCCACCCUUUUCAGUCUUUCUGUGAUAGAUGAGAACAAGGUUGCAAUUGGUGCUGCAGAGGCUAUUCCAGCUCUUAUUGAUCUUCUGUGCCAAGGAAGCCCAAGAGGCAAGAAGGAUGCUGCCACUGCAAUUUUUAACCUUUCGAUAUAUCAGGGAAAUAAGGUGAGGGCAGUGAAGGCGGGGAUUGUAGCACCACUGAUGAGACUGCUGACAGAUGCUGCUGGUGGGAUGGUGGAUGAGGCACUUGCUAUACUAGCCAUCCUUGCUAGUCAUCAUGAAGGGAAAGUAGCAAUCGGUCAAGCAGAACCCAUUCCAGUUUUAAUAGAGAUGAUGAGGACUGGAUCCCCACACAACCGAGAGAAUGCUGCCGCUAUUUUGUGGUCUCUGUGUACUGGUGAUGUACAGCAUCUCAUGACUGCAAGGGAGCAUGCAGCAGAAGAGGUACUUAAGGAGCUGGCAGAGAAUGGCACUGACAGGGCCAGGAGAAAAGCUGGAAAUCUUCUAGAGCUCCUGCAUCGCACAAUCGACGUGGUUGGUGAACCAUGACAAUUCAAUUGCAUGACCACUUUUUAACAGAAAAAAUAUUUUACCAAGACAGAUUCAUGGUAUAGAGUAGGCCUGCCAAUGCUAUGAAAGGUGAUUCACAUAUGAAAGGAUGCAUAGGAAGAUGAAAAGGGUUAAGGAUGGGGUCUAGUGAUUGUAAGUUAAUAGUGUUGUUUGUGGGAGGGUAGGUACUCCCCACCUUCAUGUAAGGAAGAUCAAGGGGGCUUGACAUUAUCUUUGAAGCUAGUGGAUGCCCGGAUUCAACUCUGGAAGAGUUCGACUCAAGAAGCGUAAGAUGUCCGAGACUAAGAAAAACCAAAGAGUCCACAGCCACGAGAAAAGAAAAUGAGCAUGCCCUGCUAACAGCCUAGCAUUAUUUUCUGAUUCAUUUGCAGUGGAUGGCCAGAAUAGCUGUCAGCAUUAGCAACGAUUUAUCCACUCUUCUGGCAGUGUGACGUGAGAAUCUGUAAAGUUGAAUAAUGUGCAUAGUUUGUUUUGUAUUAUUAUUAUUUGGAGGCAUAUAUAUCAUUUGCAUCAGGAGUACAUGUCGAUCAGAAGUGGAUAACAGAGUUACUAGCAACACGAUCUUUGCCAUGUUUUGGUAACUUUACCAA